UGGACCUCUGCCAGGUUCUCUCGAUUGUUCCUUCCAUGACAGCGAAUUUUGUAACCAGAGAUUUGACAUUUCACUCUGUGGGUGUGUCAUCCAGAUUGCUGUCACGCUGACACUGGGUGGAGCAGAAUGCCUGAUCCUGGCUAUCAUGUCCUAUGAUAGGUAUGUGGCUAUUUGCAGACCAUUGCAAUAUCCAAUCCUCAUGAGAGGGGAAAUCUGCUACCUGUUGUCAGUAGCGGCCUGGUUUUGGUCUUCUGUGCAGGCCCUGACCUGCUCCCUUUAUGUUCUUCCUCUUCCCUACUGCAAGUCCAAUGUGAUCAACCAUUACAUGUGUGAUUAUCGCCUUAUCAAGUUGUCCUGCUCUGACAAUUCUGCAUUCAAUAAAGUCACAUAUUUGGGGGAUUUCCUUGUCUUUCUCAUCCCCAUCUCAGUCAUCCUGGCUUCCUACAUUGCCAUCCUCCUUCAAGUCCUCAGAGCACGCACCUCUGGAAGUGGCCAUAAAGCCCUUGGGACCUGCUUGCCCCAUUUGUGUGUGGUGGGGAUCUUCUACGGAUCGUCCAUUUUUAUGUACAUGACCCCUGUGUCCUCCUACACACCAGAGAAGUCUAUGAUAUCAUAG